CCUCACACCUUUCUCAAACACACUCCCUCAAAACCGUUAACUUUACUCUUCUUCUUCAUCAAUGGCGCCUCUGCAAAUCACCCUCAUUUUCUCUCUCCUCUUCCUCCCACUUUCUCUCUCCUCCACUUGCACCUCUCCGAAACUCACCUCCACCUACAAAUCAUGCAGUCAACUCCCAUCUCUCAGCUCCUCCCUCCACUUCACCUAUAACCCAUCUAACAAGUCACUUGCCGUCGCUUUCACCGCCGUCCCACCUUCCUCCUCCGGUUGGGUCGCAUGGGGAAUCAACCCCAUCUCCACCGGUAUGGCCGGUACUCAAGCUCUCGUCGCUUUUAGAAAUUCUGACGGUUCUAUGUCCGUCGACACAUUUAAUCUAUCCUCCUAUUCCGACAUAAUUCCAGGGAAGAUUUCGUUUCCGGUUUAUGAAAAACGGGCGGUUUUCAAUAAGGAUGAUGGGUCGAUUACUAUUUUUGCAAGCGUCGGACAUUCUGGUAGUGGGAAGAUUAACCAUGUUUGGCAAGUGGGUCCCGGUGUUACUAAAGGCUUCCCUAUGAAGCAUGAUUUUAAGCCGGAGAAUCUUAAGGCGACAGCUACUCUGGAUUUAAGCGCCGAUGGCGGCGGUGCCAGUCAAGCGUCAGAAAGUUCGACUUCUAGCGACGCAACUGCCAAGAAGAGAAAUACUCAUGGAAUACUGAACGCAAUCAGUUGGGGACUAUUGUUUCCAAUUGGAGCUAUGAUAGCAAGAUAUGUGAGGACAAUUGAGUCAGCAGAUCCUGUGUGGUUUUAUAUUCAUGUUGGUUGCCAAAUAUCUGGAUAUGCUAUUGGUGUUGCCGGCUGGGCCACCGGUCUUCAGCUCGGAAGCAAGUCAGUUGGUAUUGUAUACACGAGCCACCGCUACAUCGGCAUUGCCCUCUUUGCACUUGCUACUCUACAAAUAUUUGCGCUGUUUCUAAGACCGAAGAAGGAGCACAAGUCGAGAUUUUACUGGAACAUCUAUCACCACGGAGUUGGAUACGCCAUCAUUAUCCUCGGAAUCAUCAAUGUAUUCAAAGGCCUACAUAUACUCGAACCUGAAAAGAAAUGGAAAUCAACAUACGUUAGCAUACUUGUCGUCUUGGGUUGCAUUACCGUCUUACUAGAAAUUUUCACCUGGAUCGUAUACCUAAGGAGGAAAUCUAAUCGAUCCACCAAGCCUUACGCGUGAUCAAUAGAUUGAAAAACAGCCGUACGUCUUUACUCCCUUGAUUGUGAGAUGGUACCAGUUAAGUGGCUCUUAGAGAGAGUUAACUUAUUCGACAGGGGAUAUCGCUAUUCACUCCCCUCUUGUUGGCUGUCUGAUCUUUUUAGUGUAUAUUGGUUUGAGACAUUUGUGGUAUAUAAUAUACUCUCAUUUUCCGAUUUUCGGGAAUUAAUUAUGUAUUUUAGCUAGUUGCAUUUUAGACAAAAGUUCGGAAAUAUGUGAGCCUAGUUUCAUUUGUUUGUGUGGGUGUGACCUAAAAUUAAUUUCAUUGUUACAGCAGAAGAAAUCACAGUUGAGAUUUAGCCUAGGACAGGAAUUUGUACUUGUUUAUUAUGAAUUUUCUGAUAGUGCUGAUUUUCUAUUCCGUAA